AGGAAGGAAGGGAGAGUAAUUUGCAGCAUUGCUUUACAGCUCGUGGGGACCAGGGACUUGAACCUGGGUCCAUGAGCAUCGUCCAUGAGCAUGUGCAUCACCCAGGUAUGCAGUCCCCCCCCCCCCAGAAGUUUUAUUCUGGGAGGGAGAAGUUUAGGAAACUGCUAAUCUUCAAAACUGCUCCCUUCCCCCCAAUUCCAAGAUUUUUCUUUCCCAGAAACUGCUGAAAACGUCGCCCAUAGAAAAGGUAUGCACUAUUUCCUCCUGGACUCCAGAGAAAACCAAUUCUCAGAGUCUCCUGUUUUGUUUUGUUUUAUUUUGCUUUGCUUUUUUUCCCCCCUCCCCUUUUCUUUCACGGUCACAGGUUCGUUUGUGGGACCCUUCCACACUUGUUUCCCACAGCAUGAGUCACUGUGGUCCCCAACAGUAGGUUGGGUGCCCCUGGCCCCGCACACACAGGAAGAGGUUCGGGAACCCGGCGCGUCAGCACCAGGAGCCGCCCCGACAAUCCAGGGCAGGUCCCCGCCCACUUGGGCAGGUAGGUUCCUUCCUCUGCUCAGGUGUGCGCUCCCAAACACAGGUGAACCUGUCGCGUCGCUUUCCGCAGGUCAGUCCUGUGGCUCAGUGGCUCGCUAACCUCCGUCCCCUGUCACCGCGAAGUGAGGGGGUGGGGACACCCGAUCCGGGUGGCAGGUGCCCACGGGUGCACUUGACUUGCUCUGGCUCCUUCACCUGCUCCGGUAGCCUUCACGUCGGGUCACGCUGGAGACCCCGUCGGAUGCACCCCGGGACCCCGCCGGCGCCCCAACUCCGUGAGUAAGUGCUUGGGGAUCUCUGCCAGGGAUGAAGGGGACGACAGUCCCUCCCGGGGCGACCCGGGGCGCCGUGGUGGCCGCAACCCCAGCCUCGGCUUCAGUCCGGCCCCAGCCCCCGCGGGAGGCGGGCAGCCGACUAUGCAAAUGCCCGACGGACGGGCGGGGUCCGCGGUGGCCUCCCCCGCUCCGGAUAAAAGCGCGUGGCGGGGCGGAGCACCCCAGCCGCUGCCUCCCGGGAGCCCGCCGAGCGCAGCCCCGACCGAGAGGCCCCUGCUCCGGUAACUGAACCAAAGAAGACCAGGAAGCAUGUCGGAGUUCUGGUUAAUAUCUGCACCAGGUGAUAAGGAAAACCUACAAGCACUGGAGAGAAUGAAUACAGUCACCUCCAAGUCUAACCUAUCUUACAACACCAAAUUCACCAUUCCUGACUUCAAGGUGGGGACCUUGGAUUCCCUUGUUGGCCUCUCUGAUGAGUUGGGAAAACUCGAUAGCUUUGCUGAAAGCCUCAUAAAAAGAAUGGCCCAGAGUGUGGUGGAAGUGAUGGAAGAUGCUAAGGGUAAAGUUCAGGAGAACCUCCUGGCCAAUGGAGUUGACCUGACGUCCUUCGUGACCCACUUUGAAUGGGACAUGGCCAAAUACCCCGUGAAGCAGCCGCUGGUGGGUGUGGUGGACACACUAGCAAAGCAACUGGCACAGAUUGAGACAGAUCUCAAGUCCCGGACAGCUGCCUACAACACUCUGAAGACCAACCUGGAGAACCUGGAGAAGAGAUCCAUGGGAAACCUCUUCACGAGGACACUGAGUGAUAUUGUGAGCAAAGAAGACUUUGUGUUGGAUUCUGAGUACCUCAUCACACUUCUGGUCAUCGUCCCCAAACAGAGCUACACGCAAUGGCAAAAAACCUACGAGUCCCUCUCAGACAUGGUGGUCCCUCGGUCGACCAAACUGAUUGCCGAGGACAAUGAGGGUGGCCUCUUCACCGUGACUCUGUUUCGGAAAGUGAUCAACGAUUUCAAAACCAAAGCCAAAGAAAACAAGUUUACUGUCCGUGAGUUUUACUAUGAUGAGAAAGAAAUUAAAAGGGAAAGGGAGGAGAUGACCCGAUUGCUGUCUGAUAAGAAGCAACAAUAUGAAGGAAGGAAGGAAGGAAGGAAGGGAAAGAAAGAAGAGGAAGGGAAGAGAGAAAGAAGAGAGAGAAAAAAAAAAACCAGAAGCAGCAGCACUCUGCAAAAUUCCUGUGUUGCUCUUAAAAAGGGAUCAUCCACCUUCCCGGACCACAAGGUUAAGGUAACCCCGCUAGGGAACCCUGAUAGGCCCACUGCGGGGCUGACCGACAGAGAAAGAGAGAGUGAGGGCGAGGGUGAGGGUCCACUGUUGCGUUGGCUCAAGGUGAACUUCAGUGAAGCCUUUAUUGCCUGGAUCCACAUCAAGGCACUGAGAGUGUUUGUGGAGUCUGUGCUCAGGUAUGGACUACCAGUGAAUUUUCAAGCAGUGCUCCUUCAGCCUCACAAGAAGUCAUCCACCAAGCGUUUAAGAGAGGUGCUGAACUCUGUUUUCAGACAUCUGGACCAAGUAGCAGCUGCAAGUCUAUUAGAUGCAUCGGUGGAGAUCCCAGGAUUACAACUCAGUAACCAAGACUAUUUUCCUUAUGUUUACUUCCACAUUGACCUUAGUCUUCUUGACUAAAAGGAGGAGCUGAGCCCACUACACUUUCAUACUCACGCUAACAAGCAGUUGCUUCUCUCCUAUAGGCAGAAACGUUUACUAUUACCUACCCUACAGGAUUUAGAUUUCUAAGAGAAAUUGCUCAGAAAAGUUAGUUAGAUGUAUUUAUUUUUUUAAGUUACAAUAAACACUCUUACUCCUUUAAACUGUCUCUCCUCUUAAUGAUCUAACAUAAUUCAAAACUUCAUUUCCCUGAAUGUUUUACAUCAGUGGGGACUGCCUGUAGACUGGUGACCUGCGGCUUUAUUUCACAUCUCGGACAUUUUGUGAGGCUUUGGUAAUAACACA